AUGCCAAAGAAGAAGUCAAAGCGUGUUCCCGUCCGCCUACGACACAAGAUCGAGAAGCGCAGUGCUGAGAAGCAGCGCAAGGAGCGUAAAGAUGUCAAAAAGCACCCCGAACUCCACAGGGGAAAGAAGACGGAGAAAUUGAACAUCCCGAACAGUUUCCCCUACAAAGAUCGGCUACUUGCAGAGAUUGAGGAUGGCCGAAGAGCGAAAGAGGAGGAACAGCUCAAGAGAAGGGAGGCUGCGAAAUUGAGGAAAAAGGCUGUUGCGGAGAACGGUGAAGAUGUGAUGGUGGACGCUGACGAGGUUGAUGAAGAAGAAGAAGACAUGUCUGAAGAAGAGGAGGACAGCGACGAGGACAUGGACGAAGGAAAUGGAACGUCAGCAAUGGCAGCUCUUCUUGCCUCUGCUCGUGCCCGCGCCGCUGAGUACGAAGCCGAGCAUGGUGUCUCCAGCGGCGAGUCAGACUCAGAGGAAGACGAAGACGAAACACACAUCACAAAAGAUACUUCCCGCAAGGCUUUUGACAAGAUGUUUAAGCAAGUUGUCGAUGCCGCCGACGUUGUCCUCUACGUCCUUGACGCCCGUGACCCCGAAGGGACUCGUUCCCGCGAGGUAGAGCGUGCUGUUAUGGCUGCAGAUGGCGGCGAGAAGCGUCUGAUUUUGAUCCUCAACAAGAUCGAUUUGAUCCCGCCGAGCGUUCUCAAGGGGUGGUUAACUUACCUCCGCCGCUACUUCCCAACGCUUCCCCUCCGUGCCAGCAACUCCGCAGCUAACGCCCACACUUUCGACCACAAGGCACUUACCGUCGCCGGCACUUCGGCUGCCUUGUUGAAGGCUCUCAAGACCUUCGCUCACAGCAAGCAGUUGAAGCGCUCGGUAUCAGUCGGUGUGAUUGGAUACCCCAACGUCGGAAAGUCCUCCGUCAUCAACGCACUCUGCGGCCGUCUCGGUGGAUCUCAAGCUUCCUGCCCCACAGGAGCUGAAGCCGGUGUCACCACAUCCCUCCGCGAAAUCAAACUCGACAAAAAGCUCAAGAUCAUUGACUCCCCUGGUAUUGUCUUCCCCGGCAGCACUGAGAGCUCAUCUCAGGACGACCAGGCGCGCCUCAUCCUCCUAAACGCUAUCCCACCCAAGCAGAUUGCCGAUCCUGUCCCCGCGAUCGCUCUACUGAUCCGCCGUCUCUCCACCUCAGAGGCUCUAUUUGCGAAGCUGCUUGCGUUGUAUGAUCUCCCUCCGCUUAUUAACACAAGCGCCAAAGACGUUGUCAACGAUUUCCUUGUACAGGUUGCUCGCAAGCGUGGAAGGCUCGGAAAACGUGGUAUUCCUAACAUUGACGCUGCCGCAAAGACGGUAAUCAUGGACUGGCGUGACGGGCGCAUUCAAGGCUGGAUUGAUCCUCCAGCACUGGCUAACACUAUAGCUGCUGUUGCGGCUGCAGCGGCGCAGGGUGGAGUCAAGCAGGCCUACGAGGAGGUUGGAGAGAGUGACCAGAAGGAGAUUGUGAAGGAAUGGGCAGCAGAGUUCAAACUGGAGGGUCUCUGGGGUGAUGAUGGUGUAGAGGAAGAAUCGCAAGAAGUAGAGAUGCAAGAUUAG